AUGGACAACCUUAACGACGGCCUUCCCUUCGGCUGGGAGGACGCUGAAUUCUUGCUGGCUACUGAAUCAGACAAUUGGGCGGGUUUCCAGACCGAUUUCAGUGAGAAUUGGGCAGCUGAUCAUGAUCUGUCUGAUGAUGAAAACCGCAUUACGCGGCAAGUAUUGCAAACACCUACGACUUACAUCGCCGAGGACUCACCAACGUCAGAAUCACCCGAGCUCCGAGAAGUCGUUCAACCUGAAGCCCCUCUUUAUGAACAGGCAGCCUGGGAUGAAGAUGGAGUGGAAGUUGGAACUAUUCUUCCUGCUGCGCCCAUCAACUCGGUGAAUCGCAUAUCUGUCGACAUACCCACAAGUACUCUUGUUGUGCCCCGGUACCUCUACCAAGGCGAGGAGCCUCCUGCCGAGCUGGCAAGAGAGUGGGCUGCCGUUCAGUCCUUACUGGAAGAACACCGGCGCGUUCACAAUGAGGAUGAUGGCGACUACAUCGAGUUUGAUUUGGACCAAUUCGCUGUGUAUAUCAACGCCACUACACCGGAGGGCAAGCGUUAUGAAGAGCAACCACACCCCUCUGAGAUGCGGCCGCUCCAACAUCUCGGAGUCCGGUCCAACUGCUACCGGAUGUUUGUGGACGGCAUUUUGUCAGUGGGAGACAAGCGCUUUUUCAUAAGAGGUGUACCUUUUGAGCAACUUCCGAUUGGCACCUACGGGUUAUCUGAAUCGACUGUCGGCUCUGAAAUCUGGAUACGCUCACGCCUAAAUGUCACGGUCGCCAGCGGCCAAGGCCCCGACAUCUAUUACCGCCUAAAAAAUCCUUCGACGGAGUAUCGACGCUACUACACCGGAUUCUUAUGGGUCGCCGACUUGACCAAGCAUGUCGUCGAUUACCUUUCCGCAGCCCUGGACAAGAAAAGACGAGUCGUCUUCCGAGAUUUUCGCUCUGACUUCAAUGGAUGGCUAAUGAAAAAGCAUGGAGACUCUGAGGCCUUUUCUUUAUGGCGAAAACAAUAUCGGAGAACAGACUUCUGCAGCGCAGUAGUUGCGAACCUAGAGUUCAUCUACAAGGAGGCUUCUGGUGUUCUUGGAUACAACAAAGUGGGAUCAAUCUACCUAUGGAAGGAGAUCCGCGAAUUCACGGCGUACUUAGACGGCGAAAAGAAGGACCUCUCUGCGCCGACGAGCGGCAUUUCUACUCCUUUGGCCUCUCCCUCAUCCACCCCGAGCAAGCAAAAGCCGGCACAUAUCCCAAAGACAGUGGUAACGCCAUAUGUCGACCAGUUAUUCAAUCACCUGCCAUGUGGUUCGAUGAUGGAAGCGCUUAGCCCGAGUUCUAAAACAGAGAGGUUGCGCCGAGACGUAAUCAGCGUCAAUCGACUUGAGCCAUCUCUGAAUGUACACACGUCGGCCAAGAACUUGGUCGGAAAACCCACCCUAACGUCUAUUAAAGUUGGCGACGUAAUUUCUAUAACCAGAGACGGCGAUAACAGCAAUUGGGCAAGGGAAGUCGCUGCCGGUUUUGAUGACGUCGACCGAUGGUUUGGACUCGUACAAAAAGUUCACAGGCGCGAUAAUGACGAGAAAAGCUUCGACAUUAUCUGGAUAUAUCGCCCUGUCGACACGAUCUGCGGCAACAUGAGAUACCCUUGGAAUAAUGAGCUCUUCGUCUCAGAUCACUGUUCUUGCAAUGACUCAGCCCAUGCAAAGAUCAAAGAAGAGGAAGUGCUGGCUGUGCAUAGGGUUGACUGGGGCGGUUCGUCUACCACCGAUGCCGAAUUUUUCUGCCGGCAGACUUACCUCCACGAGGAACGACGUUUCAUAACCUUCCAUAGAACUCAUCUCUUUUGCAUGCAUAGUCAGGCAAAAGAGCAGAAAUUUGCGUACAAGAUUGGAGAUACGCUUCUUGUUCGCCUAAAGAACUUGGAUAACGUCGUCGAGCCAUGCGAAUUGGUGGAAUUUUGCGACUCGGAAUUUGCUUUAUUCCGACUUUUACGCAGGAGACAUCAUCUAAACAACGCAAACGAACAGGUGCUUCCAAACGAACUUGUUUACAGCGACGAACUGUUGACACUUAGGGUCAAGAAUAUCCAUGGAAAGUGUCUCGUUAGAAUCUUUCGACCAGACGAAACCAUUCCCGCCCCUUAUGACCGAAAAGGCGUAGGGAAUGUGUUUUUCAUCAGAUACCGCUGGCAGUCUGGACAACUGGUUGCUUUCGAAGACGGCUUCUCAUCGCUGAGACAAGGCUUCAACCCGGCGAAGUCGUUUCGUAAGCUUCGUGGCGUUGACCUUUUCUGUGGAGGCGGUAACUUUGGCCGUGGCCUUGAGGAAGGCGGCGCAAUCGAGAUGAGCUGGGCGAACGACAUCAACGUGCGAGCUAUUCAUACAUACAUGGCGAACACAACAAACACCGUUCGUCCCUUUGCAGGCUCUAUCGAUGACAUGCAGAGACUCGCGCUUCAGGGCAAGUUCAGCGAUAAGGUGCCGCCUAUUGGGUCGGUCGACUUUGUGUCUGGGGGAAGCCCUUGCCCGGGCUUCUCUGUUUUGACAGUUGAUAAAACUGCCCCUGAGCAGCGAAAGAACCAGUCUCUUGUGGCUGCUUUUGCGUCUUUCAUAGACAUUUAUCGACCAAAAUUUGGGUUGCUCGAGAACGUCAUGGAGAUCGUGCAGUCCAAGACCAGGCGAAACGAGGACGUAUUUUGCCAACUGAUCUGUGCCAUCGUCGGUCUUGGUUACCAAGCUCACUUCUUCCUGCUAGAUGCUUGGACGUACGGAUCGCCUCAGAGUCGCAGUCGCGUCUUCUUGUGCUUCGCCGCGCCAGGCUUCAAGCUCCCCGAAAUACCGAUCCAGUCACAUUCUCACUACAUGCCAGUCACGCGCAGUAGGAACCUCGGUUGGCUUCCCAACGGCGAGUCAAUGGUCAAGCGUCUCGUCAUGCCGACACCUUUCAAGUUCGUCAGCGUCGCCGAGGCCACGGCGGAUCUGCCAGACAUAAUGGAUGGCAAGGCAGACUGCUGUGUGAACUUCCCUGACCACCGAACGGUGUCCAGCGUUACAAGGUCUAUGAGAGCGCAGCUCGGCGUGAUUCCAAUGCACCCUUACGGCAUGAAUUUCUGCACGACGUGGAAUGAUGGCAAGGGCAUCAUGACGGCAGCUGAGAGAGAUUUCUUUCCCAAGAGAGGAUCAAGGGUCAUUUCGGGUUCUCGGUCUUGGGGCCGCGCUAUUCCGCACAAUGUUAUGCCAACAGUCACCACGACGCCAUCGCCAACGGACACGCGCAUCGGCCGUAUUAUGCAUUGGAGCCAGAAUCGUGUUUUCAGCGUCAUGGAAGUCCGGCGUGCUCAAGGUUUCCUCGAUCACGAGGUGCUCUUAGGACAGCCGAGGGACCAGUGGAAAAUGGUUGGGAAUAGCGUCUCUCGAGAGGUCUCGUUGGCUCUGGGUCUCUCAUUCCGAGAGGCGUGGCUUGGAUCCUUGAUCGAUGGCGAGGAGGUUGAGCCCGCCAUUCGCGUUCCCCUACAGUCGUCACAGACGGUGGCCGGGGAUAUUAAUGACGACUCUGAGGGCACCGUGGAGGCAGAAACGCCUCCUUCUGCAAGUUCAGGCAAAAGAGCCUCCGAUUCAUAUUCGCCGCGGCCUCAAAAGAGAAAGAUGAAAAGUUCGUUUGUCAUUGAGUUGGUGGUUUCGAGGAUCAAAAAGACGCAACAGACCCAGAUGGCGCCAGGGACAGGAGAAAGUCUAGAGGAUAACGAACCUCCGGAAGCUACAUCGGCAUCAAACUCGUCGAGUUCGAGUAUCGAGAUCAUUGAGCUGGAUUAG